GAUUAUUUUAAUUAGUACGAGUUGGACAUUCACGCAGUUUAAUAUUCGGGAAUCGCUUUUCGAUCGUUUUUUCUGUGCGAAAACUUCUAAGUAAAAACUUUCUAAAUUAGUAAAAAUUUCAAAGUCCAGUUGUGCGUUCGUAGGCUACCCAAAUUUUAGUGAAUUUAAAUCAAGUGUAACAAUGGAAUCUUCCCCAAGGUGUGGCACCUUACCAAUGCCGCCUCCAAUGCCUUCAGCACUGCCAACACGUCGAUUGCAAACUCAGAUGCAAGAAGCACCAGCUUGCGUUCAAAAUGCAAUGAUGACCAAGGACAAGAAACCAUUUACUUACACACCAGGUGGUAUUGAUUUAUCGCAAAUUAAGUCGCCGCGAAUGGCACGAAGAAUCGAAAGAAAUGCGAACUGUGAAGGUGUAACGAAUGUACCGAAAGUCUCACCUCUCGCUCAACCAAAUAAAACAAAUUUACCAUCGGUUGUACCGUCUGGCAUGCCAGUUCAAGUGUUUCCUACCGGUCCGCCAGCUCCUCCUCCUCCACCACCCAAACAACUUCAAAAUGAUGUUAACAGAAACACGAACGGCACACAGCGAACAGAGAAAACGCCAAUAAAGAACUUUGAACCACCGCCGAUCGGAUUUCGACCGGAAAUUAAAAUACCGCCGAACCCAAUGGCUAGCUUAAAGCCGGCACCAAAGCCACAAAUUAAAAAUGAUUUUUGGGUUGAAGAGUACAAAAAGGAGCGGUCUAAGAGUCCGCUCGUUCAAAAAGAAGAUCAAAAUAACAUCACAUCGAACGACUCAUCUAACACAGAACAAUCACUAACACCGAAAAUCGAAAGUCCAACGAUUAAUUCUGUACAAUCAGUGGAACAACGUCCUAACACACCGAAACGACAACCGAGUCCGCAACGUAUUUUAACACCUACUGCAGAAUCUCCGAUGCCGCAUUGUGAAUCUCCAUCAUCGAAAGCCGGCUUAUCACGGGUUGAUAGUCCAUUUUCAAGUCAACAGCCCAAUCCUUCUCUACCGAAGCCGCUGAGUCCGAUUAAACUGGACAUUUCGAGUCCGAAGCCGGUGGAAAAUCAGAAGCAACCAGAAGAGGUCCUCUCGAGGCAACAGCGUGAACAAAUCCAUCAGCAAGAAGUUCUAGAUCAAAUCAGACGACAACAGAGGUGGCAAUCGCAAAACAUUCAGCAACAACAGCAACAGCAGCAGCAACAACAACAGCUGCUCCAGCAGCAGCAAUAUGAACAACAGCUCAGACAACAGCAGCAACAACAAGAACAAUAUCAACAGCAGCUUAGACAGCAGCAACUACAACAGCAGCAACUACAACAGCAGCAACAACAGCAGCAACAACUUUACCAACAACAACAAAGAGAAAUGCAGCAGCAACAACAAUUAAAACAAGCUCAACAGCAACAACAGCUUAAGAGGCCUGAUGCACAACCAAUUCAAAAUGUCAACGUUGGUGCGUACAACACCCCGUCACCAUCACACUCCGAAGCGUUUUCUUUAUUGACUCAAGAAACACCUCAAUGGAUGGCCAGACGAGGAACCACAAAAGAAACUCCUGAGUGGGUAGAUCGAGACGAUAGUUCUGCUAAAAAUAAACCAACUUCGCAAGAGGAACGGCCGCAGCAAAACGCUCCCAAGGAACGAAUUAUCCCAAUUCAAAUUGAAAGAACUCCACCAGUAUCAUCCGGUGGUUUCGACUAUCCGCAAACAUAUUUCAACAACUCAAACUUUGCCGGAUCUCCCGUACAAAAUCCAAACAAAUUCGUUGACCAGGGCUACUCAAAUUUUGCACCAUCAUCUCAACCAUCUGUUCGAGUGGGUAGAACAGUGCCGAUAAAAGUGGAUGGACAGAUAAGCCCGUUUAAUGUAACUGUAUCGGAUCCGAUGUCACAGUCACCAGUCGUUAUGCAGAAAGGCAAUCAUAAAUUUAUUAUUCACGACUGUCCCUUUGAAGCCGAGCUACGCUUCAGAAAAAAUAGGCUCAGCGAUCCACGUACCCUUGAACGGCAAACCAGUUGGGGCAACUCAUCACCAAAUCAGUCGAAAUCGUUUCGCGUACUUCAAAAGAUAACCGACCAUGAAACGGAAACGGCAAAUAUGCCAGCCGAACUUCAGGGUCCACAAUAUUCGAAACCGCUUGGGCCAGCUGAUAUGAAUGAAAAUCAGUUGAGAAAGCUGCAGUUGAAUGAAAACGAAAUGAGGCGUUUGAAGAAUAACGCUAAUGACGAAAGAUGGGGUCAAGCGGCACCUACAAAUGGAGCGGAAAACAACGUAGCGACUUCAAGACCAUCUAGACGAUUCGCACAACAACAACACGUCUUCCAACCGGAAGAUCAAUCACAAAACACUUACCAAGCAGACCCAAAACUGUACAGUGGAAGUUCGAUCCCGAGUCGAUCGUUUAAAAUUUUGCAAGCAAUGGUGACGCCGGAAAAUGCAGCUGAAGAUGAAACCUCUGACAUCGAUUCACAGUCACAACUUUGUUUUUCGAAUGAAUCCAAUUCCUACGAUUAUCCCUGUAAUUCCUAUGAAAUCGAUAGUCCUUAUUCCGAUUACGAGUACGUCGCAUUUGACACAACCAAACAAAAUACACAAAUACGAAAGAGUGACAAUUCCCUAUCCAGUAUGGAUAUGCCACAAAUUGUCGUGACUCCGACACCAGAAGAUGAACAAUCGUACCGAGAACAGCAACAGAGCGAAGCGGAAAAUCUUCAAAAAGAGAUCGAGAAUAGAAAUACAUUUAUGAUGCUUUCGCAGAAGUUACGAUCAAUGACGGAGCCUAAUGACGACGACGACGAAAUUUAUUGCGAUAAUAGUCGCUACUCUAGGCAUGACGUUAACAUGCGUCGACGGCUUACGCCCAUAACAGAAUACUCAUCAAGCUCGAGUAACUGCAACAUUUCCAGCCUAGAAACAGAUACAUCGGAUGAGGAAUCUGACCUGGAGACCGAUGACAAGGAGCCGGAGCUACCAGCACGAACACCAUCAUUAAAACGAUUUAAUUCCUCUCUGAAAGUUGCAAAUAGUUUCACUAAUAUGAAAACUGAGACCAAAUCGAAUGACAGUGACACGUCGGACGACGAUGAUGACUCAGAAGAAAGUGAAUCAGAGGAAGAAGAUUCAACUGAUACCGAUAAAGAUCAUGCACAUCAAAUGAUAAAUGGGAAAGAAAAUUUGAAACGACAAUGCAGUGGUCUACUAGGUGUUAUUGCUGAAGAAGAAGAAGCACUUCAACCUAAAACAAGAUCCAGGACAAGUAGCUUCAACAGUACGUCAACUUUGAGUGAUUCAACCACAACUGCUAAAGACAACAGUUCCAAGAAAACGUUUGUAACACCCAAAGAAGAAAAAAUUCAACCAAAAGUUCAACCGAAGAUAGAAAGGAAAGAGGAUACUUGUCAAAGCGAAACUGAGUACGAAACUGAGUACGAAUAUGUAACAGAAACAGAAUACGAAGAGGAAACGGAGUACGAGGAGGAAACGGAAUAUGAAGAAGUUACUGAAUACGAGGAAGUAACCGAAGAAAUUGAAGUAAAGGAAAAAAUCGCAGCCACAAAAUCAAAUGAUAAAAAACCAGCGCCUCAGAUAUCAGUCUGUCAGAAAUUGGCAGAAGAAGAAUCAACGGAAGACGAGUCAACAGAAGAAGAAUCAACGGAAGAAGAAUCGACAGAAGAAGAGUCAACAGAAGAAGAAUCGACGGAUAAAGAAAAGAAAAGUCCUCUUGUUGUGAAGGUCGUAAAUGGAAAGCAGAUACAAAACAAAAAAGCGGAAGAAGAUAAGAAAGAAUCUAUUCAAAAGUGGACACCGCCAGUUAAAGUGGUUCCUAUUGCAAAACCUGCUCCACCUCCUCCACCACCCAAACAGUUUGCUAUAAACGCAAACACGGUAGGGGCACCACGAACUCUGAAUACCACAAUAAAGACUUUCCAGCCACCACCACUUGGAUUUAGACCAGAAAUCAAGAUUCCUCCAAAUCCUAUGACUACACUAAGACGUGUUCCUCAACCAGAACCUAAGAAUGAUUUUUGGAUCGAAGAGUAUAAGAAGGAAAGAUCUGCGGUAAAGAGAAACGAAAAUAGCAAAUGUGAAGAAUCUGAGGAUGACGAUGAGGAAGAAGAUGAUACUGACGAUGAUGAAGAAGAGGAAGUGGAUAAGGAAAAAUACCAAAACAGCUAUUCAAACGUUUCUGUAAAAAUUAAGACUCCAGAACCUAUAGCCAACGAAGUGAAAGCCAGUUUCUCUUUCAGUAGAAAAGACAUCGCCAAAAAUAAAGACGAAGAGAGCAAAUGUCUAGAACUUCCAAUCCACAAACCGGAUAACAAUAAAAACCACAAAAAUUUCAUUCAGCCAUCCGUUUCGGAAAACGAUGUCAGCGUUUCAUUUAGCAUUCCAUCAAGAAGUAGUUCGACUGAGCAUAACAGCUGGCAGAGCAAAGCUUCAUCGUUGGAUGCUUCAAGCUCUAGACCCAGUAUAGAGUAUGAAGAUUCAGAUUCAGAAGUUUCGGUCAACGUAUUUUUGCCGAAACGAGCAUUUACGAAAGAUACUAAUAAGCAGACGACAAACUCGAUUGACUCCAUAGAAAAUAAUGUUAGGAAUACAAUCACUACCUCAGAUAAGCCACUUGUUACUAAUAAACAGAACUCAAUCAACAACACCAUUAAAGAUGAAAAAACUUCGGAAACUUACGAGAACACUGAAUCUGAUGAGAAGGCUGAAGAGCCUAUUAUUUGUGUGCGUGAAAAGAUAGCAAUAUUCGAAAGUCCUGCGCCGUUCAAAAAGCCUGAAAAGACAACUACCAACAAUUCCAAGCCGCCUGGUCCAAUUAGGAGUUAUCUGGCUCCUGUAGCUGAAGUCAAAGUUGUUACAAAGAAACCGUCCUUAGAAGAGUCUGAAAUCGAAGAUGAUUCUGGGGUAACAUCCGAUGUCAGUCGUCAAGACACUGACACCGAAUCAGAAUGUUUCGUCGAACUACGUAAAUUAACACGCUACCAGCGAGCUGCCACACAUUCUCGAUUAUUUAAAUUAUUGCAGGGAGACAAUUUUGACGAAGAAGACGAUGAAAGCAAUGAACCGGUUCAGCCGGUUAAACAAGAGAGAACCAGAGUUGCAUAUAAGCCGAAGAAGAUCGUUCACAACGUUUCGAUAACUCGCAGAACGAAUCCAAAUGCUGUCAAUGAGAUGGAAACUCAUGCACAGCGACGACAACGUUUAUCGUUAAAUUUCCAUCAAAGCUCCAGUAUCGACAAUGAUAAUAUUUCAACGUCACCAUCGUCGCCGGUAAACGAAAAUUUGGUUAAAGAACUUGUCCAAAGUAUACUGAAGAAGGAAGGCAAAAGCCUUCAAAAUGUUCCAACCAGUAGAAUACACGCUGCGGCCAAACGCGUUCUACAAGAGGAUCUGGAUUCGCUGGACAACACAUGCAGUUCAUCUUCAUUCGAAUCCACUCCCGUUCUAACACCACAAGAAUUCAGAGGGGACUAUUCCGAUUACUACGACUCUUGGGACACCGACAAUCGUGAAUCGUACGACAUUUUACCGUCGAAAGCAUUUAAAAAUUUACGGGAUCAGUCCAUUUCCGGUCGAAAGCGACAAUUGUGGGCAGCUCGGUGUCCACGAGUCUUGAGCUCGAAAAGUGUUAAUCGGGAUUUGAGUCAAGUCGUUGAAAAUUGUGAGCCAACGUCUCCCGAUCCAUAUAUUCCAUACACGUUACCACACAAAUCAUCCAAUCGAAAUGUCAGAGGUCUUCAAUAUCACCAGUGAUGAUUGAGAUCCACCUACAUUACAAUAGGCCCCCCGUGCGUGCGCUCUGAUUAAACACGGUUUUAACCAAAUAAGAUGAUGAAUGAAUUAAUUUGGCAAAAGGUCCUGGUCAGUCAGACUUGUGAAAGGAUUCCACAGAAAAUUUUAUAAAAUAUUUUUCUUUUCCGAAAAAUGCUUUUAAAUGCAAUUUGUUUGUCUCCUCUUCUGUUUUUUUUUAUAUAACCUCAUUUCUAAUUGUUUUUUUCAAAAUAAGUAUAAAGUGAUUCGACCGGAUUCGACAGUGAGAGGGAACCAACACAGUAACAGAAAUUCUGCUUCGUAUUUUUUGAUUUCUGAUAAACUUAAGAUGAUAGUGGUACUUAAUUGUUGUUAAAUAAUUUGCAUUUUGUAUAUUUACAAACAGUUAUUGUUUUGUGUGCAAAGCAAAAAUCGUUUUGUUUCUUUUUUCACUACAAUCGGGUUCCCUACUAGAUGAUGAUUCGAUGAUAAACGAAUGCUUUUAGGAACUGACAAGAAAAGAAAUCGGUGCAAUCGAAAUACCACCAUUAUGUCACAAUGAAUUGAUAUCAAAGAAUAAUUUAGAAUAGACCAUGGUCGCGGUCAACGUACCUCAACAAAAUUGAGAUACUGCGAGAAAUCUAACCUGUUACAGACGGCUGUCAUUUGUUAUCGACAACGACAGCAAGAAUAAACGAUAAGCUUUGACUAAUG